AUGGAGGAGUCUCACAGAGGCCGAUCCCCAGUCUUUUCGGGGGAGACGGAAGGGGUGAAUCGCAGAGCGUCUUCAGGGAGGUUCGGCCCCUUCAGCAGUCCUCCGGGGCCGACGGAGACCCACAAAGUCCACACGGCUGGGCGGGUCUCUUCAGGGGAGCGCGGACCCCGCCAAGUUACCGCCGAGAGCCGGAGGAAGGGGGGGAUCCGGGGCAGGGAGGGCCCUCUCCACCGCGCCAAGCCCCGCAAGACCCCUUCGAGCGGGGGGGAGGGGGGAAGCGAGGCGGGGACGGACCAGCCCAGCUGCGAGUCUUCAAACGGAGCGGGCUCUUCUUCGGGCGGGGGGGAGCGAGCCCCGAAGCCGCCCCGCUGGGGCGGGGGCCGCCGCUCUCCUCAGGUGAGGGGUCUCGGGAGCGCCGGCGCCGCCGCGGGAAGGCUCCGCGCCACCCCGCUGCGGCGGCCCGGCGGGGGCAGUGGGCGGAGGGCCCCCUCCCCGAGGGCUGCUGGGGGCGGGCGGGGAGGCGGCGGCCGAGCCCCGGGCGCUCCUCAGCCGGAAGGGCCGCGGGGGGAAAGGGUCGGAGCCCCACAAUCCCCGGCCCCGCCGCCGCCGAGACAGAGACGCGGCGGCCGCUGCUGCUGGCGGAGUCGGUGCCCCGAAGCCCCCCGCCGGCGGGUCUCCUCCUCGCUUCCCCUCAGCGGUGCCUCUGUCGGCGGCUGCCCGGCCGCGGCAUCCUGGUCGGCCAGGUCCCCCUCAGCGAGUCUCCCCCAUGUCGCGUCGCGCCGGAACAGGGAGGGGGAGGGAGGAUUCUUCUCCCGUUUAAUUCCGAGCCCCUUUUUCUUUAAUGGCGGCCACAGGGACGAGAGUCGGGGCCCCCCUGCCGCGCUCUCAUUGGCAGGCGCGCCGUCACGUGGGCCUGCACAGCGAUGGCCGCCGCUGCUGGUGGGGGAAGGAGGGUGCAGCGGCGCGGCGCGGCCGCCAGGCGCCGCCUCGGCGCUAGAGAGCAGCGCCCCGUCCUCGUUGGGAGGCCGCCAUCUAACGGCCGCCCCGAGCCAUGGUGCAGCGGGCUGCGCCGCAGCUCCGGGCGCAGCGGCACUGCCGCCGCGGGUUCGGGUCCCGCCUCCGCGUCAGGCCCGCGGCCGCUGGGCCCCGCCGCCGGGCCGCGUCCUGCUGCGCCCUAAUGCCAGCGCCACCGCGCCGGGACCCGUCGUGGCUCUCACCCUCUCGUGGGCAUCACCUCGGGGCUGCGGAGCAGACGCAUCUCAUGCAGCCACCGGCGCUGGUCAGCCGGGGGUCAAAGUGCGGGUACAGACUGUUCCAGCGGCGGGGAACAGGCUCGCCCGGGCUCCUCUGCCCUGCGUUGGACCUCCUUGCAGUGCUUUCCCUGAAGCCUUUGCCCCACGUGGCAACCAGAGUAUUUUUAACACAGGAGAUUCAUUCCCUCACUGCGCAUCGAAACACGGCAGCUGGGGACAGAGCUGGGAUGCAGGGGGAGGGCAUGUGGGACCAAACCCCUUUCCAAAUGGAACAGAUGGUUUUCUCCACGGUGACUGCAGCCAAGGACCUCGGGCAAGGAGGACUCGCUCAGUGGUGGUGCUGAGCCUGCCCCUCCACAAUGCUGGGGGUGCUGAGGAGCACUUCGGUGGGCCCAGAACACAGCCAGCGCCCGGCGCCCAGGCUGAGGCGAGCCCUCCUCACCGCCUCACACGCCCCCAUCCCCAGACGGGGCGAAAGCCUAGCGAACCGCUGCAGCUUGUUGCCAAAGCAACUCCCAGCUUGGGGCCUUCCUCCUCCCCUCCCGGCUCCUCCUCUUCCUCCCCCGCCGCGCCCUUUCCCACCCACUCGGCCUGGGCUGCGGCGAUGGAGGCGGCGGGCGGCCUGGGCCGCGGCGCCGGGCGGGAGGCGCCGGCCGCCUGA